AAUUAGAAUAUUUCAUUUAAAGCGUCUGGUCCAGCAUGCACCAAUAAUCAGACGACUGUUACCUAAUCUGAUUGCACUGUGCGAGGGCUGCAUUCGUCUACCGGAAACGUUCACCAGAUGUAUCUAUAUAAUACUCAGUGUGCGCAUGCAGUCGUUAAACGACAUCGCUAGUUCCGAAUAUUAAUUACUGAAAAUGGAAGGGGAAAUUUAUGUGCCUCUGAACAAGGCGGAGGAGGAGGAGGAAGAGCUGGGUCUUCGGGUGGAGAGCGGCGGAGCAAAGGCGGGGACGCAGCGGAGGCGAUGGUGGUACAAGAGCUUGGACGGGGAAGAAGCCAAGGACAUGAUUUUACUGUCGAUGCCCAUGAUUCUGACAAAUGUGUGUUAUGACAGCAUCCCUUUGGUUUCUGUAAUGUUCGCCGGCCACCUUGGAGAGGAGCAGCUCGCUGCUUCCAAUCUUGCCAAUUCUUGGGCCUCCAUCACCGGCUUCACCUUCUUGGUUGGCCUGAGCGGUGCCCUGGACACACUUUGUGGGCAAGACUUCGGCGCCAAGUUAUACAAAACACUGGGGAUUCACCUGCAGACCUCUUGCAUCAUAUCAUUCUUCUUCACGACCCUUGUCUCGAUUCUCUGGUGGUACUCUGACACAAUCCUUACAUUCUUACAUCAAGAUCCUCAAAUAUCAAAACAGGCAUCUCUCUACUUGAAGUACCUCAUACCAGGAUUGUUUGCCUAUGGUUUCUUGGAGAACAUCCUGCGGUUUCUUCAGAUGCAAUCGGUUGCUUUUCCGCUUGUUGGGCUCUCCCUGAUGCCUCUGAUCAUUCACGUUGGUGUCGCUUAUGCUUUGAUCCAUUGCACUGAUCUUGCCUUUAAGGGUGCGGCGCUGGCAGCGUCGAUUUCGUUGUGGAUGGCUGUAAUAAUCCUAGGAAUGUACAUUCUCCAUGCAAAUAGGUUUAAGGAUACUUGGAGUGGGUUUUCAUGGGAGCCUUUCUAUUCCAUUUUUGCCAACCUGAAGCUGGCUCUAGUAUCCGCAGCUAUGUCGUGUUUGGAUGAGUGGGCGUUUGAGCUUCUGGUUUUGCUAGCUGGAUUGUUGCCAAAUUCCACGAUAAAUACUUCCCUAAUCGCAAUGUGCGCUAGUACAGAAAACUUUUCCUUCAUGCUGUCUUAUGGUCUUGGCGCAGCAGUAAGCACAAGGAUGUCCAAUGAGUUGGGAGCUGGAAACCCUGGUCGAGCCAGGCGUGCAAUGACCGUGGCUCUCAAGCUGACCACUUUUGUUGCACUUGCUGUCAUUUUAGUCUUAAUCCUCGGAUCCCAUGUCUGGGCUGGCCUCUUCACAAACAGCCCUGCAAUUGUGGACGCAUUUUCCUCAAUGACACCUCUGCUUGCCCUUUCUAUCGUGCUUGAUUUCGUUCAAGCCACCUUAUCAGGGGUGACUCGAGGGUGUGGUUGGCAGCACAACGGGGCGUGGAUUAACCUAACGACGUUCUAUCUAAUCGGGAUGCCAUUGGCGGUCCUACUUGGCUUCAAGUUUAAACUAUACGCACAGGGUUUGUGGAUUGGGUUCACAUGUGGUCUCGGCCUCCAGGUUGUAAGCCUCUUGUUGCUGACCAGGACAAGAAUUAAGCUGCCCGCGAACCCCUCAACUGACAUUCUGGAAGAGCAACAUGUUCCUAAUUACGUUGCCUGAGGAUUUAACGUGUCAAAUUUGCGAAUAAAAGCUGUUAUUGCUGAGAUUCUAAAGUUUACUCUUCGGACAACGUUAUUGGCAUAAUUAAGCCGAGUAAUAAGAUGUGGGUUCUCAAUAAAUUGUUGGAGAGAAAAUUAUGUAAUA